GGCAUGAGUCGAGCGCUCUUCACUGCGCGGCUCUGACACAGUUCAACACAUUUCACCCGCUGGAAAUUCCGGGUUAUCCCUCGGCUCUAUGGGCGUAACUGCACACUCUUCAUCACAGAGGAAGGAGUGAGGUGAGGGACGGGGUCACCGCUCCAUAAAUACUUGGUGUGACUUUGGAUGGAUCUGGAAGGAGUAAAUAAGCGCCGGAGGAGCCUCGCACACGGGAGAGCGGCGUCGACCUUUCUGCGCGCUGAGACGCAAUUUAAAGGCGGACUGGUAAAAAGUACCACCGGUGAACUUUCAGCGCAUCUCGGGAACAUGGGAAGUCUAUGAUUCCGCACGAGGAGCAGUAGACGCGGUUGUAUUCGUCUCACAGCGUGCGAUGUAGUUCAACUUCACACCCCAAAGUGAGCUAUUUGUCACGAUGACAGCGCCGUUGAACCGCGCCGUGCUCGGACUCGCGUGGAGCUGCCUGAGCUUUCUGUCGUGCGCCCAUUGCGGCCUGAGCGACAACCAUGUGCAUUCCAGUUUCAUUUACAGGCGGUUGCGCAAUCACGAGCGCAGGGAGAUCCAGAGGGAGAUCCUCUCCAUCCUGGGCCUGCCCCACCGUCCGAGGCCCUUCUCGCCCGGGAAGCAGGCGUCCUCGGCGCCGCUCUUCAUGCUCGACCUGUACAACGCCAUGGCCGUGGAGGAGGAGGAGGGCGCGCAGCGGCGGGGCUUCGGUGCCAAGGCUCAAGGGCACUCCAGGAAAGGCCACUACAGCCCCCAGCAGCCGGCGCACUCCCGCGUGCCGCAGCCUUACCGCGCGGCCCCGCUGCUGGGCCACGGCCCCGCACUCGCCACGGCGCACGACACCAACUUCCUCAACGACGCGGACAUGGUGAUGAGUUUUGUCAAUUUAGUGGAGAAAGACAAAGAUUUCUCUCACCAGCGAAGACACUACAAGGAGUUUCGCUUCGACCUGACUCAGAUCCCGGAGGGCGAGGCGGUCACCGCCGCCGAGUUUCGGAUCUAUAAGGACCGCAGCCACGGUCGCUAUGACAACAUGACGCUGAAAGUCACAAUAUACCAGGUCAUCAAGGAGUAUCACAACAAAGAUGCAGAGACCUUCCUGCUUGACACCAAACUGGUCCAGGCGUCGGACGGCGGCUGGCUCGUGUUUGACGUCACGGCCACCAGCAACCACUGGCUGAUGAACCCCCAGCAGAACCUGGGCCUGCAGCUCUGUGUGGAGACGAUGGAUGGCAAAAGCAUCAACAUAAAAUCUGCCGGAAUCAUCGGGAGGAACGGGCCUCAGUCCAAGCAGCCGUUCCUGGUUGCUUUCUUCAAGGCCAGCGGGGUGUUGCUCCGCUCGGUGCGGGCGGCCGGCGGGAAAAAGAAGAACCACAAUCGCAGUAAAUCCACUAAUCAACAGGAAUCGUCGAGGGCCCCAAAACCUGGAGAUUAUAACACCAGUGAACAGAAGCAGGCCUGCAAGAAGCAUGAACUUUACGUCAGCUUUCGCGAUUUGGGCUGGCAGGACUGGAUCAUCGCACCCGAGGGCUACGCCGCCUUCUACUGCGACGGCGAAUGCUCCUUCCCGCUCAACGCGCACAUGAACGCGACCAAUCACGCCAUCGUGCAGACCCUGGUCCACCUGAUGUUCCCCGACAACGUGCCAAAGCCAUGCUGCGCCCCCACGAAGCUGAACGCGAUAUCGGUGCUUUACUUCGACGACAGCUCCAACGUUAUCCUCAAGAAGUAUCGGAACAUGGUCGUUAGGUCUUGCGGAUGCCAUUAGUGGCUUUAAUUUAUACUCUCCGAUGUGGGAAUGGCUGGAAAACACAUCUGCUGCAGAUUUGGUGGGAUGUACAGUAUUAUGUAUAUAAAGUUUUAUGACCUAAUUUAUUUUUGUUUCUUUCAAAUAGCACUGAAUAUUGUGAUAUUUAAAUGGUUAGAACAAACUGUUGACUUUCUUGGAUGUUACCUCUUAACCUGUAACCUGCGUGUACUCCUCUGUCCUCUCUCUAAACCCUUCACUGGAGUCAUCAUGACACAUACAGUUCAGUCGCUCCUCGUCUGAUGCACCAUAUUGUCACAGCAUUCAUCAUGACACAUAAUAGAAAUCAACAAUAAGCGCCUGUUAAUAUGUUCCACUGCAUCUCUGGAAAACGAACGGUCAUCGCUAAUAUAAACCAAACUGACCAGAACUGCUUCCAAGCUGUCACCGUCUUUCAGCAGUGAUAUUGUUUCACCUUUUCCAUUCCAGUUUUUUUUUUGUGCUUUUGUCCAACGUUGCCUUCUCAGAAGGGAGUUGUGUCGGUCUAGAAGUAAACUCUUAUGUUGCUGAGUGAUCGCUUAUGAAUGCUUUAUGAAUUAUGUCACUUCUCCACAGCAUGCAUGUAUAUCUCUUCCAUAAACACUUCCUCGUUCCUCUGUGGUCUUUGUCAGCGUUUUUUUUUUUACAUUUGGGAGAAGUAUAUAUUAACGUAGAGUGUUGUGUAUUUUAAUAAAAGUACCACUUCCAAGUGCUUAUCUUC